AAUAGGUUUACACGUACACGUACCUACACGUUUUACAUUAAAAUUAUCAGUUUUAUACAAUAACACAUUACUAGAUCUCGAAAUUAUCCGGUGAUCCCUUUAGAAAAAGGCUGUUGUGUCUAUUAUGGUUUUAUUUGGUUGACAUUAGUGUUCGGUACAUACCGGAGCGAACCUCUCUUCUUCAGCGUUCAACAGAUCUCCCACAGAAGAUGCCUUCGCCUGGCUCGCCAAAUGCCUCCUAUUCAGCACAUAGGACAGCUCAUCCAGAGUCCCCGAGUCGCUCGCGCUGCGUGUCGCCGAGAAAGGCGUCCCCUGUUGGAAGAUUUCCACUACAAAACACUGUAUCCAGUCUGGUCGCUUCAUUCGACUAUGAGACCGACAAGGGUGAUAUCUGGGACGCCAUCCCUGAUCGAGACUGGCGGUUGCUCGCAGCCCUCGCGAGAAAAAGAGAGGAAGAUAUCGAGCGGGAGAGGCUAGCGGAACAGUUCCAGAAGAUGUGGCUUAAGGAGAAAGAGGAGAGGGAAAUGGUAGAGACGGAAAGUUCUGAGCAGUACAAAAAAUACCUCUGUAAGAAACGUUGCCGAGAGCAAAGCUACCAUGAAUACAAGCGUAUGAUGCGGAAGGCGGAGCAACAUGCCAAAACUGGGCAGCUGGUCAGCUGUAUCCGGCAUAAGGAGCAGAGGGCUGCGGAUAUGCUAGCCUGGAGAGAGAAUAGGAAGAUUAAGGAAAUAAUCGGAAAAGCAGUGGAAGAAGAGGCGCGUGCGCAACUGGCAGCGGAGAAGCGAUUAAGACGCGGCGUCGCGGAGCAAUGGUGCAAGCAGCUCGAGCUAGUGCACACGUUCAGAAAGGCUGAUGAAGCCAGCAAGAGGCGAAAUGCCAUGUUGAGAGACGCUUCUCAGCGCCUGGCGAUCACCAACGCCCUCAGCUCCUGGGAAACCUCGCUGAUACGCCAAGAGGCGGAAGCGGUCGAAGCGGCUAAACGGGCAACCUUCGCCGCACACAACGCUCUGAAGGACGCGCACAGUUUGCGAAUCUCCAAGAUUAAGGACUCUCGCACACUGCGCGCGAGGAAACUCGCCGCUUUAACUGCGCAGAUGAGGGAAGCGGUGCGAAUGGCCACAUAG